CCCCGCCGGGGGCACAUUUCCAAUUCCCUCCACUGAACGACGCUUCACCUGCAUGCUUUCUUGAUAAUCAAAAAACUUGAUCCACCCCUUCUUGCAUUUCAACAAGAACCCUUUCUAAAUUCCAAAGAUUUCUACUGGAUUCGUCUGAAAAAUAUCACGCGGAGAAUCCGAGCUAAAUCGGCCUCCGCCAUGGAAAAUGAUUAGACUAUUCAGCAGUCCGGCGUCCCACCUCCGCCAAUUCCGUCAAAAUAUUACCAAUCAGGCAGCCGUCGAUACCGACGAGCCCAACUCCCUCAGCAUCCUAUGGCACUACCAAAUCCUCGACCCCAGCAGCGACAUCGUCAAUCACUGGAACCACAUCUUCUUGAUCUCUUGUUUAAUCUCCCUUUUCAUCGACCCCCUCUAUUUCUAUCUCCCUUACGUCGUCAUUGGCGAGGCUUGUAUGUCCAGUGAUAACAACGUAUCUGUCUUGAUCACUUAUUUUCGGACAAUUUUCGAUGUAUUCUACCUUCUCCAUAUUUUGAUGAAGUUUCGAAUGGCUUUCGUGGCUCCUGGUUCCCGGGUUUUCGGUCGUGGGGAGCUCGUCAUGGAUCCUCGCCAAAUCAGAAUGAGAUAUCUCAAGUCGGAUUUCAUUAUUGAUCUAACAGCCGCGCUUCCCCUGCCUCAGAUUCUCAUCUGGUAUAUAAUUCCGGCAACAAAAUCCGGGGGAACUGGUCAAUCUAACAACACUCUUGCUCUUAUUGUCCUCAUCCAAUACAUUCCCCGAUUAUUUGUCAUUUUCCCCUUGAAUCAGCGGAUAAUAAAAACCACUGGUUUUAUUGCUAAGACGGCUUGGGCAGGAGCCGCGUAUAAUCUGCUUCUAUACUUGCUAGCCAGCCAUAUUCUAGGAGCUUCAUGGUAUUUGGCCUCUAUAGGACGGCAGCACUCUUGCUGGACAGAAAAGUGUACGGAAGAAUUUGAAAGGAUCCCACCUUGUCAUUUGAAAUUCCUGGACUGUUCGAGUAUAGAAACAGGAAAUCUUGAACGGCAGUAUUGGUUGAACAUGACGAAAGUGCUUACAAGUUGUGACGCAAAAAAUGAUGAUUCUGAUUUCAAGUUUGGGAUGUUUGCUGAAGCUUUUACUAGUGAAGUUGCUUCAUCACGUUUCUUUGAGAAGUAUCUUUACUGCCUAUGGUGGGGCUUAAGAAAUUUAAGUUCCUAUGGACAGAAUUUGAGCACAAGCACUUAUCUUGGUGAGACGACUUUCUGCAUUGUUUUGUGCAUUUCUGGACUGAUUCUAUUUGCACAGAUUAUCGGCAAUAUGCAGACUUACUUGUCAUCAAUGACUGUGAAACUUGAAGAGUGGAGAAUUAAGAAAAGGGAUACAGAAGAAUGGAUGAGGCAUCGCCAGCUGCCAGAAGAUUUGCAAGAACGUGUUCGUCGAUUUGAGCAAUAUAAAUGGCUAACCACACGCGGAGUCAAUGAAGAAGAUAUUCUGAAGUCAUUGCCUCAGGACCUUCGUCGCGAAAUUCAGAGGCAUCUAUGUCUCAACCUUGUUCGCCGAGUCCCAUUCUUUGCGCAGAUGGAUGACCAACUUCUUGAUGCCAUAUGUGAACGCCUGGUCUCAUCCUUGAGCACUAAAGGCAGCUAUAUUGUGCGAGAAGGUGAUCCAGUGAACGAGAUGCUGUUCAUCAUUAGGGGACAAAUGGAGAGCUCGACAACAAAUGGGGGACGGUCUGGAUUCUUCAAUUCCAUCACCCUUAGACCAGGUGACUUUUGUGGGGAGGAAUUACUGACAUGGGCUUUAGUACCUAAUUCAUCCUUAAACCUGCCCACUUCCACUCGAUCUGUCAAAACUCUGACUGAAGUUGAAGCUUUUGCCCUUCAAGCUGAAGACCUUAAAUUCGUCGCUAAUCAAUUUAAGCGCCUCCACAGCAUGAAACUCCAGCAUGCAUUUAGGUACUAUUCCCACCAGUGGAGGACAUGGGGUGCUUGCUUCAUACAAGCGGCAUGGAGAAGGUACAAGAAGAAGAUGUUGGCAAAGAAGCUUAUUUUAGAAGAGAACUAUGACGAGGACGAUGAUGGUUAUUAUAGUGACGAGCAAGAUGGAGCAUAUUCAGACGAGGAAACUGGUGACGGGACCUCUGUCGACAGUCCUGCCCAGAAUCUUUCAACCACAAUUUUGGCUUCAAGAUUUGCUGCAAACACUAGAAGAGGAGCCCUUCAGAGGAUAGCUGGAGCUCAACCUUCAAGCUUAAAGAUGCCCAAACUGCUUAAGCCAGAUGAGCCGGAUUUCUCUGGAGAAGUUUAGUUUACGGUGUAAAAACAGAAAACUGGAAAAGGGGGAAGACAAGAAAAAGGGUUGAUGGGAUGUUUGUCCACCGAUAGAUAAAUUGUGCAUUAGGCUUUCAGCAUUUUCCAACACAAUCAUGCUUUGUCCAUCCACAUUGAGAAAGGGGUGUCACUGUGUCACCCUUUGUUACUCCAUGUACAGUGUAAUUACAACUAUCUAUACAGCUGUAACAUUGGUCA